AUGGCCCAGGAAGAUGAACUGGACGCGCGACAAGACCAAGGCGUGGGGCGGACUCCCGACAGGGACUCGGCCAUCAACUCGACGGCGGGCGGAGGAUUCGGCGAGAGGAGCGCAAGGCACAAGAAAAGAUACUACAGAUCAAGGCGCAAGGCUACGCUGGACAUGCUAAGGACCGAUGAGCAAGACGUGCAAGGAGCAGAACAGAUACUACAGAUCAAGGCGCGGACGGCUGAGGACAUCGAUCGGCGGCAGGACCUACAACUACCAGACGUUGACGAAGAGACCCGAGAAGGAGAGCGACGCAGCGAGAUCCAUUUUCGCUAA